AUGAAGCAUACAGAGAACAGAAUGGACCAGCCCACAUCAUUGUCACAGCUUUUGCGGGAAAACUACCUUGCAGAGGCCAGGGCUCACCACAGACAUGGAGAAAUGGGUCACCCGGAUUCUUCCUCCUCACGACGUCUCGUGUACGGAACUCUUAAAGGCAAGGCGGAGGAAUCUGGGACACGUGAGGAUUCUCAGUUCCCCGACCUGUCAGCCUUCCUCAGUCAAGAGGAGCUCGACAAAAGUGUCAAUCUUGCCAGACAAGCCAUUGGUCACGAACCCCACGAAAAUGAAAGGUCUGAGGUCAAACCUCCACAGAUUCCCGCCUCUGAGACUCCAGAGAUGGCCUCACCCAUCAUAAAACCUCCUGUUGAAAAAGAGACUAGCCCACUAACACAGCCAUUCACAUCAAACAAACUGCCGCUCCAAAACCCGGUGUUGUCUCUCCCUGACAAUGUGAUGAGGAACAACAGAGCUCCCAGAGAGCCGUCUCAGGACUUCAAGCGGCCCGAGAGGAACACGCCUUAUGGUCCCGAGACCCAGUCCAAAAAAGAGUUCCUCAACAAAGCUGCCGACUUCAUUGAGGAACUCUCCUCACUCUUUAAGGCCAACAGCUCCAAGAGGGUACGGCCUCGGUCCUUCAAGGGCCACAGGAGCAGGUACCAGAACAAGCCCCAGCCCGAUGGCACAGCUUUCAGUCUCAGUGUUGCUGAUGAGAGGGAGAGGCCCGUUCACUCUUUCAGCACUGACCAGCCAGAGGCCCUGUGUGAGGAGUUCCCCGAACAGGAAGUUGAAAUGCCAGGGCAGGAUUCGAUCAUGCCUGUGGCUGCGCCAGAGGAGGAAGCUGAGGCUGAAGCUGAGGCUGAAGAUGAGGCCAAUGCUGUGGCUGAGGUCGAGGCUGAGAACCCAGCCCUGCUGGAGGGCCAGAGCUCGGAGGAGCCUGUCUACGAGCCUCCCCACUUCAUCCAGAAGAUCAAAAGUCGGGAGGUUCCAGAGGGAAGCAAGGUCCAGCUGGACUGUAUUGUGAGAGGUCUCCCUGUGCCUGAAGUUCGGUGGUUCUGUGAGGGGAAAGAGUUGGAGAACAGUCCUGACAUCCAGAUCAUCACCAAUGGAGAACUGCACUCCCUGAUCAUUGCUGAGGCAUUUGAAGAAGACACGGGACGAUACUCCUGUUUCGCAUCCAACUUCUAUGGCACAGAUUCAACAUCUGCAGAAAUUUAUAUUGAAGGCGCCUCCUCUUCAGACUCGGAGCCAGAACAGCCUUUUGAACAUUUAGAAGAACAGUUGGAGGAGAAAGCAGCCCAGUCCCAAAGCACUUUGCCUUCAGUCUCCAGCAGUACGGCUAAUGCGUUCGUUGUGGACUCACCGUCUGCACCGGCAACACUUUACCCUGAAGCUGCACCAGCCUCAGAGGUUCCCACGCAGCCAGCCGCUAGCGAGGACCCGUCUCCUCCUCCACCCACCCAAGUCCUCCCCACUCCUCUGCCCACUGCCCAGGCGAGCCCUCCUCUGGCGAGCCCUCAGCUGGAACCAGCACCUGUAACGGCCCAAGACAUCAGCACGCCUGCCCCCAUACAGGAGAUUCCUCCAGAGCAUCCCUCACUUGUGCAGCCAACAGCCACCCAGGUGGUCUCCUCAUUGGUUAGCACUCAGCUGGAAUCGAGCCCACCACCGCCGCCUCCCGUGGGGAUUCCCCUAUCUCCACCCGCCCUGACUACCUCCACGCCUCCGUCCAUCCCAGAGGAGACGGUGGUACCUUUGGCUCAAGCGCUUCCCGCCUCACUACCUCCUCUUGUGGUGUCCACCCAGUCAAAUGCACUUGAGGGUCAGAAUGGUGGCAGCUAUCCUCAAGGUUUAGAUGGAAGGCCAAUAAUGGCGGCCCCUGUUUUUACAAAGAGUCUGCAGGAUGUGCUUGCGCAGGAGGGCCAGCUGGUGGUGCUAGAGGGCCGUGUGAAAGGAGUGCCCUCCCCUAAGGUGGAGUGGUACAGAGAGGGGACUCUCAUAGAGGACUCGCCUGACUUCAGGAUCCUGCAGAAGAAGCCUCGAUCUAUGGCAGAAUCAGAGGAGAUAUGCACUUUGGUUAUUGCUGAAGUCUUCCCUGAAGAUUCUGGAACAUUCACUUGCACGGCCAGUAAUAAAUAUGGCACUGUCUCCAGUAUUGCAGCACUGAAAGUAAAAGGCAGUGACACCAACACAAACCAUGUAAAAACAGUACCCAGCCUAAACCUGGAGUCCGCACUCCGCACGGUGUCCAAACAGACAACCUCCGAGUAUAAGGCAUCCAGUGUAAAGUCGCAGCUGGAUGGCUCCCUGACCAACUGCAGCAAGGCUUACUCCAGUACGCUCUCCCUCGACCCCCUCAGCAACAGCUCCCUCCGCUUAGACGCCUACAGCGCCAGCAUGCCCAGCCUUGACCCACUAAGCCUCGGCGGCCCCCACCUUGACGCUUUCAGGUCCAGCCUCUCGCGCGCCGACCCCACCAGCUUCAGUAUGCCACGCCUUGACCCACUGAGCUUUAACCUGAGCGCCCCACCCUACGAGCCCCCCAGCUCCGGCCCCCUCCAGCUAAACCCUCAUGCCCCCAGCCUGUGGCGCAACCACCAUGAGGCCGACCACGGUCCUCCCAAGGAGCCCGGCCCCAUCCUAGCAGCCCCCGCAGAACCUCUAACCUCCUGCCUCAAACCCCAGCUGGACCAGUCGUCAGUCCUAGAACCUGAAGCACAGUCCUUCCUCUCGUCCGAUACCUCCGGCACCAUGUCUCUACCCUCUCAAACGGAGGGUGCCUCGGCCAAAACACCCGAGUCAACAUGUACUGUACCCCUCCCAGAUCCCCCUGCCUCCUGCCUCAAGUCAAGACCGGAGGGUGUCCUUGUCAACCACAGGGAGCCGCGGUCCGCCUCACGUGUGGGCCUUCGGGUGCACUUCAGACUGCCUGAGGAUGAGGAGGAGGAGGAAGAGGAGGACAGUGAGGAUGGAUCCAGCACCCAUGGGGACAUGUACCCAUCACAUAAGGCGCCACCUCCUGUUCUGGCCAAACCCAAACUGGACCCGGUCCAGCUCCAGCUCCUCCAUAACCAGGUGCUUCUGGAGCAGCAGCAGGACGGCAGCCCCGUGAGCCAGGACAAGCCAGAGCCCUCCUCCUGGUCCGGCAGACCCCUCCACGAGCCCCCAGCAGCACCACUCAACACACCCUUUACUGACUCUUUUAUUGCCCCAACCACACACGCACCUAUUCAGGCCAGACCUGCUCCAGCUCCAGCUCCAGCUCCAGCUCCAGCUCCAGCUCCAGCUCCAGCUCCAGCACCUCUGGUCAACUCCAGACCAGCUCCUCAGUUUAGCCAAGCAGCUCCUCCUGUACACACGGCUCUGUCUCCCAUGGUGCCUCGGAUAGCGUCCACCUCCGCACCUCCUGUUAGCAUGCCUGCGCCCUCAGCACCAAAGCUGGCUGCCCCUCCAGUCAGUCAAAUGCCCCCCAUGAAUCUGGCUGGCAUGAGUGUGAGCGCAGCGCCUCUGCCCCACAUGAGCAUGGCACCUCCCACCUCUACACCACGCCCCCUCAGCACCACAUUCAUGCCUGUGGUGAGCUCUCCACCUGUGCCCAUGUUCAUGACCACGCCCACACCACCCAUGAGUGGAGCUCCACCUGUGCCCAUGUUCAUGACCACGCCCACACCCCCCAUGAGUGGAGCUCCCUCUUAUCCACCCAGCAUCAGCUCCUCAAUGCUCAACAUUGCUCCUCUGACCCCUCUGUCUCCUGUGCUACCUAAAGCCCCAAUGGUCCCAUUCAGUUCACCCCAACCCCCCCACCCCCAAGCUCCAGCCCCAGCCCCUGUAUCCCAGCACAACCCCCAACAAUUUCCACCAGUGAGCUCCCUAUUCUCUAGUGCCAGCAACUCCCAGAGCUUCAGCUACACCAGACCCAAGGAGUUCAUCGCUGCCCAGACCCUCUCCCCCGUGAGAAGCCCCUCCCCCACUGAGUCCCCGGUGCCCCUGCUCCAGGAGCUCGCCGCCGAGCUCCACCUCAAGCUGGCCCGGGAAACCGGCUCCCCCCUCAGCCCUGCCUCGUCCGUCUCCAACUUCCCCACAUUUCCACGUGUCUUCCACACCAGGGUGCUUGAGCCCGCCACCAGUCCCCCUGCCUACAUCACCUCCCCGACCCUGGUGCCGCCCUCUUUCAUGACCUCCCCGUUCUUCCGAGCUCAGUCCCCCCCCCAGGCCUCCUCCCCGACCUCCAGCAGCUCCUCGCCCAGCCCCAUCCAGAACCCCGUGGCCUUCCUCAGCUCCGUCCUCCCCUCUCUCCCCUCACUCUCUUCCCAGUCCACUAACGCCAUGGGCCUGCCCAGGAGGGCCCCUAUUGUGCCUCAGAGCAUACUGAGGAAGACGGCACGAAACCAGCGGCUCCCAUCGGACGAGGAUAUCCGUGAGAAUAAAGAAUCCCUCCUUCACGAUAUUGAGAAAAAGCUGAGAUUUAAAGAAGACAUUAUACGCCAAGGGGCACAGAAGCUGACUUAUGAGGGGAAAGCAGUGAGCAGACCGCUUGGACCAAACAUUCCCACUGCAACUGUCGUUAACUAUGACGAGGAGUACAAGGUGUCGAACUUUGAGCAGAGGCUGAUGAGUGAGAUUGAGUUUCGCCUGGAGAGGACACCAGUGGAGGAGUCUGAUGAUGAGGUGCAGCAUGACGCCAUCCCCUCGGGCCGGUGCAUCGCCCCGCUCUUUGACAAGAAGCUGAAGAACUUCCGGGCCAUGGAGGGAGCUCCGCUCACACUCUCCUGUAAAGUGGUUGGAAUCCCCGUCCCAAAGGUUUACUGGUUCAAGGACGGGAAACAGAUCCUAAGGAAGAAUGUGCACUACAAGAAAGUGAGGGAAGGAGACGGUACGUGUGCUCUGUGCAUAGAAGCAGUCACAAAUGACGAUGAUGGCAACUACACAGUAAUGGCUUCCAAUCCACAGGGGAGGAUGAGCUGCUCUGGUCAUCUGAUUGUUCAAACGGGUCCUUUGCGAAGCCGGGCGACUAUCAUUCACUCUCAGAGAGUACGGGCUCGGGUCCAGGAAGUAGAGGAAGGAGAGCCGACCCAGGAGCGUUUCUUUCGACCUCACUUCCUGCAAGCUCCAGGGGACAUGGUGGCCCAUGAGGGUCGGCUCUGCAGACUGGACUGCAAGGUGAGUGGGUUGCCAAACCCAGAGAUCAUGUGGCUACUGAAUGGGCGACCCAUUUAUCCAGACUACACUCACCGGAUGCUCGUGAGAGAAAACGGCAUCCACUCUCUCGUCAUUGACCCAUUGACUCAGAAUGAUGCUGGAACCUACACCUGCAUCGCCUCCAACAAAGCUGGUCAGAGCUCCUUCUGCCUGGAGCUGAGAGUCGUGGAGAAAGAGAUGAAGCACCCACCCCAGUUUGUGGAGAAGCUCCAGAACACAGGCAUUGCCGAGGGCACCCCAGUCCGACUAGAGUGCAGGGUGGUGGGCAUGCCUCUGCCUGCCAUCUUCUGGAAGAAGGACAAUGAGACCAUUCCUCAUUCUAGGGAUCGAAUGAGCAUGCACCAGGAUGCCACAGGGUAUGUUUGCCUCCUCAUCCAGCCAACCAGGAAAGAGGAUGCUGGGUGGUACACAGUUUCAGCCAAGAACGAGGCAGGCGUCAUUUCAUGUACAUCAAGGCUAGACAUUUAUGCCCAGUGGCACCAGCACGUCCCCCUGCCCAUGAAGAAGAGCGCGCGCCCAGCCAGCCGCUACGCUGCACUGACGGGCCAAGGCCUGGACAUCAAGUCUGCCUUCCCCUCCAGCGACAACUGCCCCUUCCUCUUCGCCAGCUCGCCCACGGAGUCCAUCCUGGAGAGCGAGGAGCUGUGAGGAGAGAGGGGGGCGCCCAGGGACUCACACCCAGCCAGCUGCCAACACCUCUCCCCUCCCUUCAGACACCACCUGUAGACUCUCCUGAAACAAGUCUAUUGUGCUUUUUUUUGCAGUUUGAUUGUUUUGGUUGGCUGUGCUUUCACAGGGUAUAUUCAAGGAGAGUCAGUGUUAGUCUGCAAUGUUGUUGCUCUUUGGUCAUCUCUCUGUUUUGUUUUGUUCUCCUGUCAGGCAGUUCGUCAGUGAAGGUUGACAAUAAAGUCAUAGUUUGCUUACAGUAGUGACCUUAGUGUGGGCCUUAUCUUGCCAUAGUGUUGGGGUGGCAUAGUCCGGUAGUCUACCAGUGGCGGGCCGUGGUGGAGAGCAUGCGGUGUCAUGAGUGCCCUUCAGCAAUCUUAGCCACUCAUUUCAGAAAGCAGAGCUUGUUUGUGUGGACCCAUUACGGACCCAGCACAGGACUGACACUCAUCUCUGCACCAUUCCAAAUGAAUAACACUAGUUGCUGAACUGGUUGUUUGGCUUCAAUGCUUUCUUCACUGGCUGCCACUCGGGGUCGACCACUCACAAAUGGUCUUUGUCUUUUAUUUUUUACUUUCCAUUUGGUAUUUGAUUAACAUGUGUGUACAUGUUGUUCAGAUAACCCGGAAAUAGAUCAUAGUUUAGCACGGCUCCAAAAGACACACAAAUCAUUUGAACUGAGGCUUGAGUUUAAUCUGGUCAUUUUCCUGCUUAAUGCUAUGCAGUUUGUAAUUGAAUUCUGCAUAUUAAAAAAAAAUCCCCGUAUUCAGAUUUUGCCCACAAAUGUAGCUAAAUCCAAUAAAUGUAAAGUGAUAACACCGGUUGCAGUCAUAUUAGUCUUGCAUAUCUUAUGAACAGAUCUUAAUAUCUUAAAGAGCCACAUGACUGAUUACAUUGUUGAAAAACAUUUAUUAUUAUUAUUAUUAUUAUUAUAUUUCCAUUGUUAAAAGAUGAGCUUUACUUAAAGUGGCUGAGUGAAGGGCUCCAUAUUCAUGUGGGAAGGUAUAAUAUUGUACUGAUUCAUGUACUGAAGAUAGAAAACAGCUAUAUUUCUCUUACUAAAAGUUUGCACAACACUGUAGAUGAAAGUUUAAUAUUUAAUAUACCAUAUAUACAAUAUAUAGAAUUUGCCAUAAUGUGACUUUUUGUGACAAUUUUGUCAACAUAUAUGUGCACUCUUCAAGAAAGAUGUAUUAGACAUUAUUGAAUGGAAUUAAUUGAAAGCAGUGUAUGGUGGGUGUGUGGAUAACACUUGAGUUCAAAUAUGUUAUUUAAUAGACUGAAUGUUUUAAGGCAAAUAUUCGAUUUGUGUAAAAUUGCACCAUGUAAAAUAGAUUUCUUUUUCUGUGAAUAAAGUUCUAUUUAUUCAAA